AUGGAUUGUAUUAUGAUUCAUCUGCUGAUCGCCUGCGCUAUGAUUACUCUGACUCAGGGCUUCAGCCAGGGAUACCUACAACAGGCCAUGCUGGAGAAACUGGGCCUGAAGGAAUUCCCGAAGAUCCACAAGAGGGACCUGGAUACAUUAGUGGUUCCAACACACCUACGAAACAAGUACUUAUCCAUGCUGAAGAUGCAUCACAAUCGGAGGCGCAGGUCCCUGCCAAGCCUAGCCGGAAUACUGAAGGGCAUCCCGGGAAACUCAGAUAUCUCUGGGGAAAUCGUCUAUUCAGACGCGACCAGGCAGCGCCUCGUCUUCGACAUGACCGCUAGGAUCCCUGCUAACAGCGAAGUGACCAUGGCCGAACUCAAACUCUUUAAGACCACCCUUCGCAAACUGUCUGUGGCCGAGAGAAAGAGCCGGUCGGUCAAUAACGCACGGGUCAGCGUGCAUUGGGUCGAGGUUCAGGCAGACGGAUCCAACCGAACAUCGCUGGUAGAUUCAAGGCUAGUUCCGAUUCACAAGGCUGGGUGGCAGAGUUUUGACGUCACCCAGGCGGUGCAAUACUGGUCAAAAGGCUCGCGUGACACCCCGUUGCACCUGGAGCUGUGGAUUGAGGGCGAGAGACCGGGCAGUUACGCCGCGGAGAUGGCCAGGAGUGUUCGCUUCACCACGCAUGGGGGUUUGGAUGGCAAAAAGGGAAACCCGGAGCUACUUCUUUUCACUCUCAACCUGGAAGAAUACGGGUCUCGCGGAGAUUGCGCAUCAUCAAAAAAUAACGGAAUGUGCUGCAGGGAAGAACAUUUCGUGAAUUUCCGCGAACUCACUUGGACUCAAUUCUGGAUUAUCGAACCAGCGGGAUACCAAGGCUUCCGGUGUUCCGGAGGAUGCAAGCAACCCAAGCGUUACUAUGGCUACGGGGAGAGGAGGUGCGCGGUGACGGAGAGUGCGCCAUUGCCCAUCAUGUACCUGGUGAAAAAGGGAGAUUACACCGAAAUUGAGGUGGCCGAAUUUCCCAACAUGAUAGUGGAAAAAUGCGGGUGUACAAUGGACAAUGAAUAUACCUAGACACGUUUUAAGUCAUCAUAUUAGUAAAACUCUACUUUAUAUUUUAAUAGCUUGGAGUUUGUUCAUGGGGUGAUAUGUUUAACUUGUUUUAUGAGCACUUAAAAAUAUGUGAAAAAAUAUCUAAAUUAUUAUAUGCUACAACCAAACUAAACUAAAGAGAAUCUUCCUGAGAGUAACAAGCGUUUG